AUGACAGCGAUCAAAAACCCCUUCUUGAUUCAGGACGUGGCGGCAGGUCGAGGCUACGGCAGCGCCAGGCCGUCCGCGGCUCCUCUCUUCCUUAUCCACGACGCCAGCGGCAACAUUGUCAGCUACCUCAAGCUGGGCUCUCUGGGGGGUGCUCGCAGAGUGUACGGCAUCAGUGAUCCUCGUUUCGGGCAUGAAGGCGGUGCCUGGCUGAGCGUCAACGAAUUGGCCCGGCACUAUAUCAAACUCGUCAAGAAAGUCACGCUACGGGGAAACAUUCUCCUGGGAGGGUGGUCAUUUGGGGGCAUCAUCGCCAUCCAGAUGGCUCACAUGCUCGCCGCAGAGGGCCGAGGCCUCGUGUGCUCAGGCCUGGUCCUGAUCAAUACCAUCUACCUUUCGCCGUCCCGUUCUCUCGGCUCCGGCGCAAACUCUAACCUUGCACCUUCGAUGCCCGCAAGCGUGACGCCCGACACCCGUGACGAGAUCCUGGUCUCGCUGGUGCGCGCCCACAUGCUCUGCUCGUCUUGGCCGCCGCCUUCGUGGGCCCGCCGCCGGGUCCCACAUGCAGUGCUCAUCAAGGCGGCGGAUUCGAUCCCGGUCCGGCCCGGGUCCAUCGAAGAAGACGGGAAAGCUGCUUUGUGCAGGCUGGACGCGCAGCGCCAUCAAACCGAUCUUGGUUGGGGCGAGACGCAGCCAGGGCUUGUCACCGCUGUCAUCGACACGCCGGGACACCACUACGCCCUGUUUGCCGACGAGAACGUAUAUAUGGUCCACGACCGAAUCGCUCAAGCAAGCCCUCAGCCUGCUGGAGGGCGAACAUUAGCAAUGACUGAUGAUGGCCGCGGCAAUUCCACCCGCGGCGUAGUGUCUGAGGAAUACUCAGACAAGAGUGACGCCGCUUCGAGCGAGAAGGAUAACCUCCUCAGCGAUCACCACUGUCAACACCAACAAUGCAUCAGCCGUGGGGACUCUUGGGAGAGAAGCAGUUCCAAACGGACGAGCCGCCAGAAGAUCUCGAGGAUAGUCUUUGCCGAUUCCGUGUUCUGGAUCCAGUGGGCCAUCAUUGUUUGCCUUGCCAUCAGCACUUGCGCCCUGGCAGCGCAGCGGCGGGCCUGUAUUGCCGGACCGGUGAUGAUGCCCGCGACGGCCCCGACCCGGUCAACCAUCGAGCCGCUAGUCCCGGACCAUGUCACCGCGGCCCAAGAGCCCCUGAACUACGGCUACUACGUGCCCGAGCCGAUCCCCUACGACAUCUUUAGCAAUGUCUUACUGAUGGAGCAGCGACUGGCAGAGCUCGAGUAUGCCAAUGUCGGCACAGGGGUGAAGGCCAACGGACGUUACGGCGUCUAUGUUGACAAGUCGGGCAGGCAGCGCUUCCUUUACCCCAAGCUCACCAUCAACAACACCGAGGCCUACGUCAUAUCAGGCUUGCACCAGAUGCACUGCAUGAUGGAGACGCUGCGCGAUUAUGGGCUGCUCGUCAACGGGUUUCGGCCGCUGUGGAACGAUCACCACGUCAUCCACUGCUUCAACAAGUGGUACAGGUCCAUUGCCUGCUCCGCCGAUAGCACGGCCGAGGGAUACCAGGAGCCGUUCGGCAGCGUGCCCAUGAGCGAGGUCCACCGCGCCAGCUGGGCCAGCAGUGUGCCGCGGUGCCGCGACUUUGGCGCCCUUGUGCGCUGGGCCGAGGACCCGGCACAUGCUUUGCCCUUCCACUAUGACUCGGGUCUCAACGUGACGGAUGUGUCUAGGUUGCCUGGGGAGUGUGACUUGACCAGGUGCCGUAAUGGGGGGGGUUGGAAGGGGCUGGACUGA